GUGUGAUACUUCCCUUUUGGCACAAGAGAGCGAUAGUAAACAGACCGGACCGAAAAUGUGAUCGUGAUGGACUUGGAAUCCAAGAUCUAGAAACUGCUAGAAAAAAACCCGACCUAAAAUAGAUCUAGAUUCUAGUUCUAGAUCGAGAUCUGUUGAGAUUUGUACCAGUCGGAUACUACAGUUGUUCGAAGUUCAACUUAUACGUCUGCAUCUGUUCAAAGCCUCUUUGAAUUUGACUUCACUUGUGAGAUCUUGGACUUGGGCGGCAAUACAACAAUUCUUGGACUUCGUCGACUGCUUUUUUAGCACCGGGAUCUUAGGCGGAGACUACUGAAUAUUGUAAAAGCAAGUGGCUAUUCUCCUGCGUCGCGCUGGUAAAUAGAUUGGAAGCUAUUCUCCGGCGUCAUAACUUGGCCUACACAUAGUGCCAAAAGUUCAACUUAACACAUCAGAACAGACUGUGCAAGUGCCAAUACAAGCUUCUAUAAAUAGUGUUCUUUGGUUGAGUGUUACGGAUCUUCACAGUCAUCACCAUGUCUGACGGAAACGAAGCUCCGAAUCCCAGACCUGCAAAAGACCUGAAAGGCCUUCUCAGAUUUUGUAUGGAAGCAACACGUCGAGAAGAUGCACAAGGUUCAGAGAUUAUUGAGCCUAUGACUGAGGAUCGGAAGAAAUGGCUUGAAGAGGCCUUUAUUCAGAUGUCAGUCAGCCCUGUGGAAAGAAUGUCCAUAUGUGUGUCAGUGAUUGAGAAUGCAGAAAUUGACACUGAAGAAGGCACUGAACAACAGAUUAAGGCACUCGAUGAACUGCAAGACUGGGCUGAGGAUGUGGACAUUGCUGGAGACUUUAUAAAAAUAAAUGGAUUGCGAAUAGUACCGGGCCUUCUUGCAAGUGAAGUCAGUGACUUAAGGUGGAAUUGUCUGGAACUGUUGGCUAAUCUGUCUCAAAACAAUCCCACUGGGCAGACUGCUGUCCUCAGCCUACACCUCAUGCCUGCCAUCCUUCUGAUGAUUGACACUGAUCCAAACCCCACGGUUAGGGUGAAGGCUCUCUAUGCAUUGUCUUGUUUGGUGAGGAGCAACACGGAGGCACAAGGCAGGCUCAAAGCUCUCGACGGCCUCAGUGUUCUUGUGAGGGCACUCAGCAGUGAGGAAGAGAAGAUUCGCAUCAAAGCAACUUUCUUGAUAUCUUCCAUGUGCGGCCACGAUCCUUCUUUUAAAGACGCCCUAUUGGAAAAAGGAGCUGUGGAGCAACUGGUAUAUCUUUUAAAGACGGAGGGUCACUCCAUGAUUCACGAGCACCUGAUGUCAGCUCUGCUGGCUAUUGUCACCAACCACAAGGCUGCACAAGAGAGAUGUUUGAGAGAGGACAUGGAUGUCAGGUCAUUUCUCUGUGAGCGAUUAAGGCUUCUCUCUGAUAAAGAGGAAUUUCAGGAGGAAAGAGAGCAUGCUGACAAACUGUUACAAGUUUUGAACUCACCAACCGAGACCCCAUCUUCAUCCAGUGAAAACCGAAGCAUGAGUCUAAUGCUGGCAUAAUUGUGAAUGCAUGGGUCGAAAUUUGAAAGUGUUAAUGCUUUCGUGUAACUUUUGUGUCAUGUUACAUGUAUCAACUUGAAUUGUUUUGGCUCUCCAGCAAAGUCUUUUUCUUGUCUAAACUAUCAGUUGCUCACCACUCUAGUAUGUAUUUCCUUAUCUAAUGCGCCAUGAAUCUACUAAUGCCUCUUUAUAUCUUUGUGUAAGAAAUUGUAGCUGAAUUUGAUUUAGCUAUGUUUUCAGUUUAGAGAGUUUGCUCAAAUAGUGAAGAAAAAAAAUAAUUGAGAAUUCGAAGAAAGAUUAAAGUUCAGAUUGACAGUUUUGUUGGAUGUGACGUUAAUUGUAUACAUGUCAGAUAUGGGGCUUUGAUACUGAUGAUGAUCUAAUUCUAAUGUAAUACUGUCAGCAUCAAACUGGUUAGGCCCUAGAGUCAAAUUUUCUUUGCUGUUUCAGAGAAAGCUAGAUCUGACAGGUGUGAACAUUUUAGAUCAAUAAUUGUACCUAGAUGUCCAUUCUAUAUGUGUAAUGUUACAAGCUAUGUAAAGAUGAGUAUCUGUUUUAGUUUUGUUGCGUGAGAGAGACGGGGGGAGUGAGGUAGAAAGAGAGAGAGAAAGACAGGAGAAGUGAGGGAGAAAUGGAGAGAGAAAGGUUUCUCCCCUUGCACCAACAGGCUUCUUACUGUAUUUCUGUCGCUAGGCAUAGCUUACCCACAUGAUGAGUUCUGUAUUUGUCAAAGGUUGCUUGUAGUAUGGUCUAUUUUAAACAUGUUUGAAGAUGUGCUCUUUUCUCCUCAAUGACUACUCCUGUCCGUGAAUCCUCAGGGGAAGACACUCAAAGGCCCAGGUUUGCUUGUGGAAUAUUGCAACGACAGUUUGGUCAGCCAGAUUUUGAUAGCACAGACCUGCAGGCAGAACAUUAACUUGAUGACUCUUUACUGCCUGGUUACCAUUCUGUUCUUCCAGGUGUGCCUAUUCUUUUGCCUUAGUUUUUAUAAAGGUUUGCAAUUUAUAGGUGUGGCAAAGUUUAUUAAUUAAAAAAUUUUUUUGGGCCCCAAGAUUCAUGCUCUUCUGUUGCAAUUUCAAUUAUUGGUUGAACACAUCAGGGAUGCUUGGCAUUGUCGUUUGCUAUCAUAUUCAUUAUUGUACAAGGGUUGGAUUUGUUUUGCCUUAAAUGGAUGCUAUCUUUGUUUUUAAUUUGACAGCACAGUUGGGCUUGCCAUGUUGUUUUCGGCUCAUCAUCAAAUAUAAUGAUAUGGUUUUUAUACCGAAA